AUAUCCCAUGAGCACUUGCGGCCAUUCACAAAAAUCAUAAGGUUUAUCAUGGGAUCGUGUAGCCCGACUUUUUAACAGCACUUUGUUUGGGUUUUUUUGGGACAACAGCUGCGUCAGUAUGGCAGUAGAAACAAUCGCUCCAGACUGGGAGUUUGACCGUUUUGACGACGGUUCUCAAAAAAUCCACACAGAAGUUCAGCUGAAGAACUACAGCAAGUUUCUGGAGGAGUACACGUCUCAGCUGAAGGGUAUCGAAGAGGCUCUGGAUGAUUCCAUUGGAGAUGUGUGGGACUUCACUCUGGACCCCAUCGCCCUGAAGCUUCUCCCUUAUGAGCAGUCGUCUUUGUUGGAGUUGAUUAAAACAGACAACAAGGUUUUGAACAAAGUUAUCACAGUUUAUGCAGCUCUCUGUACUGAAGUUAAGAAACUCAAGUAUGAGGCAGAAACCAAGUUUUACAAUGGCUUAUUGUAUUACGGAGAGGGAGUGUCUGACACCAGUGUGGUUGAAGGGGAGUCUCAGAUUCAGAUGGGCAGGUUCAUCUCAUUUCUACAGGAGCUGUCCUGCUUCGUGUCAAGAUGUCAUGAAGUGGUGGUCAGCAUCGUUCAUCAGCUGGCUGCUCUCUACAACAGCAACAAGAGUGCGACAAAAAUCAUUGAGUCGUCAGGUGUCCAUUUCCAGAUAGUGUAUGAACAUCUGGGGGAGUUGUUAGUGGUUCUCCUCACACUCGAUGAGAUUAUGGAAAAUCACGGCACACUGAAGGACCACUGGAAGAUGUACAAAAGGCUGCUGAAAUCUGUACACCAUAAUCCUGGGAAAUUUUCCAUUCCUGAAGAGAAACUGAAACCGUUCGAGAAGCUUCUGCUGAAGCUGGAGGGGCAGCUGCUGGAUGGCAUGAUACUGCAGGCCUGUGUGGAGCAGAGGUUUGAUGAUCCUGGGGAAGGAGUAGCUGUUGCCAAGAACAGUGCCUUCGCUGAGGAGUUCGCCUUCAACAUUCGCACCAUUUUUACAAACGUUGAAUCCAAAAUUGGUGAACCUUCAGAAAUCGACCAGAGAGAUAAAUACGCCGGCGUCUGUGGUCUCUUUGUGCUUCACUUUCACAUCUUCAGGAGUGUCGACAAAAAGCUCUACAAGGCACUGCUGGACAUCUGUAAAAAGGUUCCAGCUGUCACUCUGAUUGCAAACAUCAUCUGGUUUCCAGAUGCUUUCCUCACUGCUAAGGUUCCAGCUGCAGCUAAACUGAUGGACAAGAAGAGUCUCCAGGGCAUCAGAGCGCAGAGAGACGCCUACCUGCAGCAACGAGCUCAGACACUAACGAAGGAUGUUCAGUCUUACUACGUGUUUGUAACUUCCUGGAUGAUGAAAAUGGAAUCCAUCCUGUCCAAGGAGCAUAAAAAUGACAAGUUGGCAGAAGACCUUAACAGCAGGUGUAAUGUGUUUGUGCAGGGCAUCCUGUACGCCUACAGCAUCAGCACCAUCAUCAAAACCACCAUGAACAUGUACAUGUCGAUGCAGCGGCCCAUGACCAAGACUUCUGUCAAAGCACUCUGUCGACUGGUUGAGUUGCUCAAGGCUGUGGAGCACACGUUUCACCGGCGCUCCAUGGUUGUAGCUGACUCCGUUUCUCACAUCACUCAGCACCUGCAGUCACAUGCUCUCAAUGCUAUCGGCAUGGCCAAGAAAAGGGUGAUCUCUGACAAAAAGUACAGCGAGCAGCGGCUGGACGUGCUUUCAUCUCUGGUUCUGGCAGAAAAUGCUUUGAACGGACCGAGCACGAAGGAGCGACGCCUGGUGGUGUCUCUGGCUCUGUGUGUCGGCACUCAGCUGAAAACCUUCAAAGAUGAGGAGCUGCCUCCGCUGCAGCUUGUGCUGAAGAAGCUGGAUCUGAUUAGUGAGCUGAGUGAAAGGGUAAAGCUGCAGUGUGACUGUAGCUUCCUUUACUGGCACAGAGCUGUGUUUCCUAUCUACCUGGAUGAUGUGUACGACAACGCUGUGGACGCAGCACGGAUACACUACAUGUUUAGUGCACUAAGGGACAGUGUGCCAACGAUGCUGCACACCAAACACAUGGAGUCAUGCGACCAGCUGCUGGAGAGCUACGACAAGGAGAUCAUGGAUGUCUUCAAUGAGCACCUGCUCGACAAACUUUGUAAGGAAAUCGAGAAGGACCUGCGUCUUUCUGUUCACACCCACCUGAAACUGGACGACAGGAACCCAUUUAAAGUUGGCAUGAAGGACCUGGCCCACUUUUUCUCCCUCAAACCCAUCCGAUUCUUCAACCGCUUCAUUCAUAUCAAAGCCUAUGUGACCCACUACCUGGAUAAAACGUUCUACAACCUGACCACUGUCGCUCUCCAUGACUGGGCCACCUACAGUGAGAUGAGAAAUCUGGCUACUCAGCGCUAUGGACUCACGAUGACAGAAGCACAUCUGCCCAGCCAGACUCUGGAGCAGGGUUUGGAUGUUUUGGAGAUCAUGAGGAACAUUCAUGUUUUUGUCUCACGCUACCUUUACAACCUCAACAACCAGAUCUUCAUAGAGAAGGCGAGUAACAACAAGCACUUGAACACCAUCAACAUCCGUCACAUCGCCAAUUCCAUCCGGACACACGGCACAGGCAUCAUGAACACCACAGUCAAUUUCACCUACCAGUUUCUGCGGAAGAAGUUUUACAUCUUCAGUCAGUUUAUGUACGACGAGCACAUCAAGUCCAGGCUCAUCAAGGACAUACGCUUCUUCAGAGAAACAAAGGACCAGUCUGAUCAGAAGUACCCAUUUGAGCGGGCAGAAAAGUUUAACCGUGGCAUCAGGAAGCUGGGCAUCACUCCUGAUGGACAGAGCUACCUGGAUCAGUUCAGACAGCUCAUCAGCCAGAUCGGUAACGCCAUGGGUUAUGUGCGUAUGAUCCGAUCCGGAGGCCUCCACUGUUGCAGCAGCGCCAUCAGGUUUGUCCCAGACCUGGAGGAUAUCGUCAACUUUGAAGAGUUGGUGAAGGAGGAGGGACUGUCAGAGGACACUCAGAGAGCUGGCAGCGUCCUGGACUCAGUGUUGGGAGAUUUGACCAGCAACUCUGCCGAGGGGACGGAGUACUUCAAGAUGCUGGUGGGAGUGUUUGCUCCUGAGUUCCGCAGCGCAAAGAACAUGCACCUGAGGAACUUCUACAUGAUCGUUCCCCCGCUGACGGUGAACUUCGUGGAGCACUCCAUCAGCUGCAAGGAAAAACUCAACAAGAAAAACAAAAAUGGAGCUGCUUUCACCGACGACGGCUUCGCGAUGGGUGUUGCGUACAUCCUGAAGCUGCUGGACCAGUAUCUGGAGUUCGACUCUCUGCAUUGGUUCCAGGCUGUCAGAGACAAGUACAAGAAGGAGCUGAACGCUGUGGCGAAGGAGCAGAACGUUCAGUCUGCCGGUCAGGACGAAAAGCUGCUGCAAACCAUGAAUCUCACUCAGAAGAGGCUGGACAUCUACCUCCAGGAGUUUGAGCUUCUCUACUUCUCUCUGAGCAGCGCUCGGAUCUUCUUCAGAGCCGACAAGACUGCAGCCGAGGAGACUCAGGAGAAGAAAGAUAAAGAAGAAGCUGCUAAAGCAGAAGGUUCUUCAGAUGGCUCCACUUCAUCCCAACAAGCCCUGAAGUGAGAUGAGCGGAGAAGAGAAGAGCUCGAGCUGCACUGAUGUGUGUUUGUGUGUUUCAGGGAUAACAGACUGACAGAUGAUGCUUUCAGCCUCUGUAUGUCCCACAACAAUGCAGCGAUCUUCAUUAGAAAAGAAGGUGUGAACUGCUGCUACAUGACGAGUCUUUUUCUGUUUCCGUUCUACAGAAACAUCUGUAACGUCCCACAGCUGGCUUUGAAUUUGUAGCAUUUACAUGAACGAUUUUAAAAAAAGGGCAGCUGGUGUAACAAGUCUGAGAUGAAAGCCAAUCUUUUCCUUUUGAUACAUCGGUCUGGAUUGUUUUUCUACAGCUGUCUGUUCGUCCUCUGCUGAUCAGAGAUGAGUUGACUGUGGAUUGAUUUGCGUCUUUGUUCUAAUUGACCUGCUCUGCUGCCUCUUCGCUGGUGUCUUUUGUACCAGUUGUGAUUGUUCACAGCCUUUAAUGAGGACUCCUUCAGAAUGUUUCAUGGUGUAAUUUUGUGUGCCCUUAUUUGUGCGUUUUAUACGUCGUAUGACUUGAGGUGUGUCUGUGCCUUUCUAAACUGUGGAUACUUGUUUUGAUAAUCAGAUUUAGAAAUAAUUCAUCCUAACACCUAAGGUGCAGUACUAAAGUUUGAUUAUUUUUCUGCUGCACUGGAGGCGUAUCAUUGCAUUUUUUAUUGUUUUCCCAGUUUUGUAUCUAUAUCAACAUGUGAAGCUACAUUCCAUGAAUUAACUUGCUUGGACAUCAAACUUCAGUAAAGUCUUUCUAGACUAAUAAAAAGUUGCACUUUGAGCAGAAUGUAAAGACUCAUUUAGGAGUUCAAAGUUAGGAUACUGCAUUUGAUUUUAAAACAGGUUACGUGCUCAGUGUUUAUUAAUGAUUUCUCAUGUAAACAAUAAACCUGUUAAAUUAAAAAUUA